GUCAAAAUUUCCCCAAAACUCCUCUUCCCCUUCUUGCCAAGGAAGCAAACAGCAAGCGGGGGCGUGCGCAAAUGGCGGAUUCGUCGGCGCCGACGCGGGUGAUGAUGGCGGUGAACGAGUCGUCGCUCAAGGGGUACCCGCACCCCUCCAUCAGCUGCCGCUCCGCCUUCGACUGGAUGCUCUCCAAGCUCGUCCGCUCCAACACCGACGGCUUCCACCUCCUCUUCCUCCACGUCCAGGUCCCCGACGAGGACGGAUUUGAUGAUAUGGAUAGUAUAUAUGCAUCACCGACGGACUUCCAGAGCAUGAAGCAGAGAGACAGGAUAAGAGGGAUUCACCUACUUGAGUACUUCGUGUCGGACUUCCAGAACAUUUUGUUUUUUUUCUCCAGUACUAUAGGCUCCAGUCAGGAACAGUUGCCAUUUUGGUUCCUAACAGCUUAUCUAAUUAUGCUGCAGAUAAAAUGUGAAGCUUGGACCAAACAGGGGGAUCCAAAGGAGGUUAUCUGCCAUGAGGUGAAAAGAGUCCAGCCUGAUCUUCUAGUUGUGGGAAGUAGAGGCCUCGGGCCAUUUCAGAGGGUUUUCGUGGGCACGGUGAGCGAGUUCUGCGUCAAGCAUGCCGAGUGUCCAGUCAUCACCAUCAAGCGCAAGGCCAACGAAGCUCCCCAGGACCCCAUCGACGAUUGAUGCUUUCGUGCAGCCGUGGUUACUUUGAGAAUGGGAUGUUCUUCACUGCUUGAUGGGUUUAAUGUACAAAAUACAAUCUGGAAGUGACUGGGAACUAGUACAAACUUUGCAGAGCGCGCCCCAAAACUAGAGUGAAGAACGAAAACGCUAUGAUCGCCGAUGGAUCAUGGAUGCCUAGUAAAUUGCCUAGCAGACACUCUUAUCAUAUGAUGAGAUACACCAAGUUGUGAACCUAAGCUACUGUGAUGAUCA